AUGUUGGCUGCCGCUGUGCCUAAUUGGCGCCACGGCGACCUGGAGCGACUCAAUGAGGUGCUUCAGGCCCUCGGGCCCCGGGACAUUUACGUCCCGGCCCCGGGGGGCGAUGUACGUAUUAUCCCUUCAGGAAUCAUUCAGAUUGCCAAAGAGAAUUCGAUGUUGAGCUUUGGCCCCCCGAAUGCUAAGAGAACCGUCGCCACACAUUUUUGGAAACGCUAUGGACUCAUAACCCAUAAUGCGGAAGACCGUAUGGUCUACGUGAUGGCUCAGUCGGGUAACUAUUACCCGGCUGAGCACGUCCAGGUGCUCCCGGUGGAUGAAGGUCGACUGUGUUGGUCGAUUGUCAUCUGUCGUAUUGGAUCUGAUGAAGGCGAUUAUGAGAAAGUCCGUCAGGAAGUCGAAAACAUGAAAGGAUACAUCCCGAAAUUCCUAGUUGUUUUCUCCCAAAGAAAUUUUCAAAAAACUUUCACUUCGGAAGCGACCAUCGUGAUGCAGCCGUUUGGAUCAAAACUCGCUCAGCCGGGAAGUGCUGAAAGAACAAAUAUCUUCUAA